AUGGCACGGGUGGUAUCUAAAUCAGGCAUUCAAGCUGCCAGGCCAUUGGCACAAGACGCUCCAGCGAAUCAUGUGCUGAAGCAAGCUUCGGGCCCACAAGUAUCCUUGGGAGAAUCUGUGCUCCCGCUUUGGACAGACCUGGCCAAUUCGAUCUACUACAUCAAUCUGUCUGUGGGCUCUCAAGAUAGUGACGGCACCUCGUUCCCUUUACUUUUGGAUACAGGCAGCGGUAUCUCGUGGAUUAUGAACGAAUCAUGUUCUGAUAAAGCGUGCUCGAACGCAGCCAAGUUCCAGAAAAGCAUCGUGUCUGGCUCCCUGUUCUCUCUUUCGUACUCAGGCAGUAACGUCGAGGGAAAAAUGGUUGACACCAUAGAAAACGAUCUCCAGGUUACCAUUGGCAACAAGCUACGCCUAACGAAUUACUCGUUUGGGUUGGCCCUGACAGCGCCGUCUUUCUUCGAGGAUUUCCAUAUCAGCGGCAUUCUAGGCGUCCAGGCAAGCUACAGCGGGAAUGAGCAGUCCAAUUUGAUUCAUCAACUUUAUCAGGCAGGCGACAUCGAUGCAAUGCAGUUUGCCGUUCUUCUAGAUGGCGCUUCAAAUAUCAAUAGCACGUUGAAGGGUGUUUUCAUAACGGGUAACGACGCCUCGAGGCAUGCUAACAAAUUGGCAACCUCAGAAGUGAAGUACUGUGAUGUGCUUCCGAACGAUCAACACUUCUGGAUGGUCAAUAUCUCCAGUGUAAGUUAUAAACAAAACUCUGCUAUCAAUGCUAGCAGAGGCGCUAUAAUAGAUACUGGCACCACGGGAAUGGCACUCCCUCUCGAAGACGCUGAAGCCCUUCACAAAGCUGCAUUUGGUACUGACUACGUCAGCGACCAAAAGGGCAAUUUCGCAUUCAAGUGUAAUGCCACCGGUGAUUUUGCCUUCAACAUAAGCGGUAACAAAUUCGAAGUGCCUGUGUCGCAAAUUCGUGCUCUGCCAUACGAGGCCACCGUUCUACAAGGGUACUGUGCAUCAAAGCUUCAGGGCACGUCAGAGUCAACUAGCUGGAUUCUUGGUGCAAGUUUCCUCAAUCAAUUUUAUACAAUCUUCGAUCUUCAAAAUGCCAGAGUGGGGUUCGCUCCUAGAGUUGACUCCUUUCAAAUAUUAUCAGCAAACACUUCGGGCAAUUCUACCUCGUCAUCGUCAUCAAGCACAUCGACAUCAAACACGAGCUCAGGAGCUCCGUCGAAUCAGUCCACAUCACCCCCAAAACAACACAGCGGAGCUGCAUUUAUUCUGCACUCAGGCAGGAUCGUCAUUCUUUGCCUUCUCAGCAUAUUGCUAGUAUAA